GUUCCUGCAGGUAGAAACCAAGCUGGGAGGAAGUGUUGAUCCGCCUGAGGGUAGGAAUGGCCUACAGAGGGAUUUGGACAGGUUGGAUCGAUGGGCUGAGGCCAAGGGGAUGAAGUUCAACAAGGCCAAGUACUGGGUCCUGCCCUGCACUUUGGCCACAACAACCCCAGGCAACGUUACAGGGAGGUGGUGGAGUCAUCCCCAUUUAAGGAAAGGAGACCAAACAGUGAAUGUGAGCACAGUGAGAUGGUGGGUGAUGCGUUUCAGCAAUGGCAACACCAGUGUGAAAGACAAACAACAUUCCAGAUGUCCAUGCACAGCUGUCACACCAUGAAAUGAAGAACAUCUCGAUGAGCUCAUCUGCACAAAUUGGAUGGUGACUAUGUUGAAAGGAGCGGACUGAAAUCCCAUAACCAGUAGAUUUAAAACCAGCAAAAAAAUUCAUAGAGGGGAUUACCAAAUUGUAAAGCCAUAUUCUGCAGAAGUGGACACCAAUUCUGACACUGAGAUAAAGUGCUGUGAUGAAUUAGCAAGCUCAGAAGGCCAAUGAAACUACAAACUCGCUACAUUUCAAAGCAUCUGGUAAGAUCUCGCAGAACAUCUUGACCGUCAAAAAGAAAGAAAGAAGUGAGGUGAGUCCGUGCUCAUCUUGUAUUUCACUGGGUGCCUCAGAAAAGCUGAUGGAGAUAGUGAGCAGUGGAUUAGGUGAGCUGUUACCUACUUGGUGGGUUAUAUGUCUUAUUUUCCUGGACUGUGUCUUAUUUAAUAUCCGUAUAGAUAUAUAUAAAAUAUUGUCUUCUGCUUGUCUUCUUCUAGUUUGUGAUUGGCUAAAUUUGAUAAAAAGCAUUUUUUUUUUCUGUGUGCUCAGCUAAAUAUAUCAUAGAGUUGUGCAAGUUUUAGCAUUCUUUGAAGAGCAACCCUCCUUCAGGUAGUCUUAUGCUGUGUAUCUAGAAGUGGAGGCGUCUAGAAUCUUUAAGUGAAUCCUCAAAGUCCGUGUUGAUGCAUUUGACUUUUUGAUUUGCUUCCUAUGCGUUUUUGAAUGUUUCAAACAAUAAAGAUUAAAUAGAAAAAAAAUUAACUCAGAUUUGCUUGGGGAAAAAAAAUGGAUAGCUCUGUUCAAACUAAUGGCAAGCUUAUUUGUUCAUUUUCAUGAAGAACUUACUUGUUCCAGUUCAAUCUUAAUGUGUAUUAUGCCACAGACGUGCUGUCUAGCAAUGUAAGCUGUUCAUGUUUAAAAACAGAAUUCACCUUUAAAUGUGCUUUGACUAAAAAAAUGCCUGGUGAGGUCAUUCGCAGAGCAAGAGUUAAUGCAUCAUGCAAACAGCUAAAUAAAGGUUACAAUCUGAGUGGAAUUAUUCAGAGCUCAGGCAGAAAUCUGGCAUUUGCAGUCUGUCACUGGCUUUAAGAAGUCUGGCUCGCUCGGUGUCACUGCCGCCCAGACACAUCCUGCUGCCUGUGUGGCAGUGAGGGAGGGGACAGCAGCAUUGGACGUCUUCCUGUAAAAACAGCAAAAACAGGAGCAGGGGGUGAAUGGUACACGGAACUGUCAUGUGUGAAGAAUGUGCGGAAUGAGGGGAUGGCUGAAGAGCUGGUGUUAGGAGAGCGUAUGGUCCCCGGUUACCCCAGGGAUGCAAAGCAAAGUAGAGGGCUAUGAAGAGCCGUGUGCCUCCUGAGAUCUGCCAGUUAAGUAUUGCAAUUGCUGGGCCCUAUCUGCUAUGGGUUUCUUGCCCUUCUUUAUCACCAACAGCCCUAGGGAAUUAAGGGCGUCAAUUUUGGGCAGGAUACACACUAAGUAUUUAUGUGAUACAGCUGGGAUGAAAAUGCAUCACUUCUAAAUCCCCAGGCUUUUGUAGAUUUGGCAAUCCCUAUGGAGGUGUUCUACUGAGAUUGUGUUGUGUAUUUUGUUCCCUUGUUUUGUUUCUGUAAGCCAAAUGCUUGGCUGAUUGCACAGGAAACCAACUGCUGUGGGCAUUCACUUCAAUGGGCAAACUUUAAACGAGUCACAAGGGACUGGCUACUGCUGAGUUCAAAAAGAAAGAGACAUCUCAAACCUGUAGCAAAGCCAAGCUGUGGUGGGAAACACCAGAUACAAAGAGGAGAAAACUGGAAGGCACAGUAGGGGGAGAGAAAGAUAGAAUGAUGUUUUCCUGUCCGUAAUUGGUCAGAUUUAGGCAAAGUUGGAAUGGAGAUUUUAAAAGAAAGAACAUUUUACUAAGAGAAGUUUGUCAAAUGUCAGGAAAUGUGCUCUCGUGUUGAUGUCCUGUGAGCUGUGCACAGUAAUCUGCACAUGGAAACACUCUGAAAAAGUUAAUACGUUACUUGAUAAAAUGCUGCAAAAUAUAUUAGGAAGAAUAACUUUGUGCAGGACAGAAGGUGGAGCAAAUGACCUGCUGGGCUUCUGCAUUCAUUUCACUUCUUUUCUUUCCCCAUUGAUCUCAAAAGUCUCUUGGGCUCAGAUAAUUCGAAGACAAGGAUCCACUCCCCAACAUCCCCAAGGGAAGGAAAGAGAAUAUGUUCAUACCAAUGAGGAGGAAAAAAAGAAGAGGAAAAAGAAGGGAAAAAGAAAAAAAACCCACAAAAACAGAAGGGAUAGGAGUCUAAACUUGGGUGUUGCUUCCCCCAGGCUCACACAGGAAUAGCAGACUACUGAAAAGAAGACUAGAGAAAGAUUGCCAUCUUCUGGAAGGAUAAAUAUCUGCCAUUAUUCAGAAUACUAAAUUUGGUACAUUCUUAAAAUCAUAGCAUAUAUCUGACAAAUUUAUUUUUAAACCUGAGCCCAUGUCCACAUAAAUCUAAAUUCAGUCACAUUUCAUUAAUAUAUAUACCAUGAUGCUAGCUUUAGGAAUUGACAUAGCAUCCUGGAUUUUAAUGAGACUCGUGCUUAAAAUUCGAAACUUGUUAACAUUAGGGAUUAUCAGUAGUGAGAUGAAUUUUAUUUAUUCUUGGGCUUGAAAACCAGUUGGGAUUUUUGUUUUGUUUUUAAUUGAGCAUUAAGAAGCCAAAUUGAAGGUGCUCAGAUGCAGAGAAAGAACAAUGAAAAAAUACUCCUGCUCUCCUUUUAAACAUCAGCUCCUUCAGCAAAUUAAGGACAUCUGUGCCAAACAGAGCCUUGCUUUUAAUCAAAAAGCCUGCAGACAGCUUGUGAAGCAGAGAAACAUUCAGCAUUGCCUUCAGUUAGCCCAUCUUAGCAAUGAUUAUCUAUAUUAGAGGAGCUUAAGCAGUGGCUGGGAUGAAAAUAACUGUGCAGCCACCAACUGUACUGUUGGAAGGCAGGGAGGAUCAGCACCCUGUAACGGCACUGCCUGUGUGCAGGCUGAUGAACCCCUGGGCUGUGCAGUCCCCAGAGCCAUUGGUACACCUGUGUCUGGUGUUGGAAUCAUUGGGUAGGAGCAGCACCUCUCUCACACACUUUUAUUCCAUGUGGAGCUGCUCCGAGCCCUCUAGCGACUGCUCCUUCUCAUGAGAGGUGAUGCCAUUCUUGCUGUUCUGCUGCCAAACAAGCUGUAAUGAAACCCUCAAGUAUUAUAGGGCCUUUAAGUUUUUCAGGACAGGAGCUCAGAGGGGACUUUGGGUGAGAGUGAAUCUUUCUGUUUCUUUCUAGCUUCCCAAAUUCGUCUGAUGUGAAGCUGCUGGGAGCUGAGAUUCUUGGUGAACUUCAUGCCUUGGUAAAGCUGCCAAUACAAGGGACGCCACCCUUUGAGUACUGCACUUGUUUGACUCAUUACUGUUUCACAGAGCCUGUCACUCAGCACUUGUUGUAUGAGGGGCUCCUUUUUUUCAUUACAAUUCCAGUGCCCAUGGGGAGAGCUGGUCCAACAUAUAUUUAGGGUCUGAAAUCCACAGUCCUCAGAGCAAAUUCAGUCACAUAGGCUUUCCUCACCCCAUUUUUUAUUUCUUCCCUUUCUGUGAUUGGAAUCUGGCCAGGAAGACAUCCCAGGGAUGGGAACUUGGGGUCUUUGUCAUCUACUGAGUCUGUGUGCAUGGGAAGGGGCUAAUUGGUGCCCAGAGUGUUGGUAGUUUCUGAGCUGAGGUCAUUGUCCCCUGAAGCACCAGUCAGAGAGCUGCCAUCUCAUUCCAUUCAAGUUCUCAAACAGCCACUGCCCAGAGAUGGCUUGGGAUCCUUCUGUGUUUCACUGAAACUUUUUACUUUGUGAAUGUUGUGCUUAAUCCCAGUGUGCAGCACCAAGCACUUCCCAUAUAAUCUCCUAGAACAGCUGUGCUGUGAUUGCAUUGUGGAUUAUAAAAUGACCAUUUUCUACAAAUCAGCUGCUGACUGGAGGGAUAGCAUUUAAUAAUCAUGGGGAGGGAGUGGGCAAGGGAAGAGAGGAGGAGACGAAGGAGAAAGGAGGGUUGAAGCAGUUUGGUUUCUUGGGAAAUUUAGAGACAAGUAAAACCAAAGACAAAUUGUGAGUUCUAUUUCUGCAUUACUCCUCCAAAUUAACAGGACUUCAAGGACUUGCUAGUAAGAUGGAGCUGCUGAAGAUGUUGCCGUGGCGCCGUGCUUUCCUGGCAGUCAUCCUGAACCUGCUGGCGCUCAGCCUCUCCACCACCGCCUUGCUCAGCAGCUACUGGUGCACAGGGACCCAGAAAGUGCCCAAGCCUUUGUGUGGGAAAAGCAAAGACUCCAAGUGCAUUGGUGUCCCCAUGACGCCCGAUGCAGCUGCUAGCAAUGCUUCAGCCCAGGAUGAGGUGCACUACAGCUGGGAGACCGGGGAUGACCGCUUUUCCUUCAGAUACUUCCACACGGGGAUGUGGCUUUCCUGCGAAGAAAGCAUGGAAGGGCCAGAGGAGAAAUGCCGUAGCUUUAUUGAGCUUUCUCCACCAGCAGAGAGAGGAAUCCUGUGGCUCUCUCUGGGGUCAGAGAUGCUGUACAUCAGCCUCCUGCUCAUCAGCUUCAUCCUCCUGAUGGUGGAAAUGCUGCACACUGGCAAUCCUGUCUGUGGACUGAAGCUCAAUGCCUUUGCUGCUGUCUCCUCAGUGCUGUCAGGUCUCCUUGGGAUGGUGGCACACAUGAUGUACAGUCAAGUCUUCCAAGCCACGGUUAAUCUGGGACCAGAGGACUGGAGACCACACACGUGGGACUACGGCUGGGCUUUCUACAUGGCAUGGACCUCCUUCACCUCUUGCAUGGCUUCUGCUGUCACCACUCUCAACACCUACACCAAGACAGUGCUGGAGUUCAAACGCAACCACAUCAAGGGCUAUGAUGUGAGCUUCAAGGAUCAGCCUCAGCACCACCAGUACUUCAUACAGCAGCAAAUAAGCAGCUACUAUGAGCCCCGAGACAAACCCCUCCAUUCAGUGUCCGAGGGAGUUGACUUCUACUCUGAGCUGCAGAAGAAAGUGCUGCAGCGAGAACCAGAGCUGGACCUCGAUGAGGUCUUGGGACAGACAAUUGGGGAAGAUCAGUGUUAGGGAUGAAUGCACAGGGGUGGAACAGUGGGGUUUGGGAAGCCAAAAGCUCUGAACCAAACACAAACACCACUGUUAGCACGUUCUUGGAGAUCUCUUCCUUCCUCUAAUGUUCAGGGGGUGAGAAGAAAAAAAGUCAGGCACUGGAACAGGGCAGCAGCAGUGCCAAGAGGAGGCAGUGCAGGUCCUCACUGAUCACAGCUUGAAGUGUGUCCUCAGCUGGGAAGGAUGAAACUGGGGGUACAUGAUGUUGGUGCCAUCUGUAUCCAAGCAUUGUCA